AUGGCUAUCACCAUCCCGAAUAAUAUCAAAGUCACCGCCACCGACAUCAUCACCAUCAACACCGCCAUAACUAUCAUCCUGACCAUCACUAUCACUUUACCCAACAGCAUCAACAUCACCAUCAUCAACAUAAUCACCAUCACCAUCAACAUCAUUAUCACCCUAUCCAGCACCAUCACCAUCAUCAUCACUAUCAGCAUCACCAUCACACGCACCAUCACUAUCACCAUCACCAUCAUUAUCACCUUAGCCAAUACCAUCACCAUCACCAUCAUCACCACAAUCACCAUCACUUUGUGCAACCCCAUCACGAUCACCAUCAACAUCACCAUCACCAUCACUAUCACCUUAUCCAAUACCAUCACCAUUAUCAAAAACAUCACCAUCACCAACAUUAUCACCAUCACCACCACCAUAAUCAUCACCAUCAACAUCACUACCACCUUAUCCAACACCAUCACCAUCAACAUCACCAUCACCAACAUCAUCACCAUCACUACCACCAUAACUAUCACCAUCACCAUCACCAUCAUCUAUCAUUUUAUUGAACACCAUCAUCUUAUCACUAUCAUCUUAUCCAGCACCAUCACCAUCACCACCACCAUCACCAUCACCAUCACCAUCGCCAUCACCUAUAUAACACCAUCACCAUCAUCAUCCCUAUCACCUUCUUCAUCACACUCAUCAUCACCAUCACCAUCACCAUGGCUAUCACUAUCCCCAACAAUAUCAAAGUCACCGCCAACAACAUCAUCACCAUCACCACCAAAAUAA